AUGGCGAGCGAGACGCAGCUCUUACGUGGAAUCGCCGCCAACGAGAAGUACAGCGGUGCACCUGAAGUCGGUCUUGGCUUCUACGGCGGGCGUCGUCAAGUGACGAGAUACGUGAAGGACCGGACACUGGCUAACCGUUUCUCGAUCGUCGUCGCAAAAGCAGGCGUGCAAAUGAAGCACUCCGAUAUGGACCCGAGCCCGAUGCCCGUGGUCGUUGCGGUGCCAUCAACCUCGACUAUUCUGAAGGGUAAGAAGAAGAUGAAGGAGCAAGACGUUGUGGCUUACCUCAAGGCCAUCAAUCCAGAGCACUAG